GGUCACACUUUUUCAAUGCGUUGUGUUUUUGCUAGUAAUUUUUCGCGUCGAUUUUGGUUUAUUUCAUCACAAUUAUAGUGUGCUUUUGCAAAGUAAACUAUUAAUCAAAAGAAACCAGUUGACUUGAAAGAAAAUCGAAAGAAUAAAUCGCCAUGGGCCGUCGCUGCUGCGUGGCCAACUGUCCAUCGACGUCGCGUCUAUUGGAGCACCACGGCGUGACGUACCACUCAUUCCCAUUGGACCCCAUUAUCCGCGCCAUUUGGAUCAAGAACUCACGCAUAAGUCUUGAACGGCAGAUCAGUAAGAGCGUCUUGGUCUGCUCGCGCCACUUCCGCCGCCUGGACUUCAACACAAUACGCAAUGGGAAGUAUCUGCUUAAGCCGCGCGUCUUUCCCACCGUAUUUCCGUGGGGCAAGAUGGACACUGCGGAGAUCGAGGCGGAUCACCGGGCAUUGCAGCACGCCAAUGUGGAGGGAGCGACUGGAGCCGCGGGAACAAGCCAAUCAUCGGCUAACGAAGAUGUUAUAAAGGCCACAGUGGACCAAAUAGUGGCGCAAAUUCUGGCAGAAACGGCAGAGCGCAAUGCAUCUGAUGGCUCGAAGGAACCCAAAACAGAAAAGGCGGAAGAUCCUCCAAAGACAACCCCUGCAGUAGCUAGUGCAGAUGCAACCAAGCCAGCCGCAGUGGAAUCUUCUGCUGCCCCAGGACCCUCAACCAGUGAAGCUGCUCCAUCGGCGGCCGGAUCCGCUUCAAACUCCCCACUUCCCGGCUCGCCACCCAAGUACAGCAACCCACACAAUCUGACGAUCGGCGCCCGUUUGGAGGCACUGAGUGUAGAGGGCAACUGGUUGCCCGCCCGUAUCGUCGAAGUCAACGAGACGGAGCAGACGCUCCUUGUGCGCUUUGAGCGCAAUCACAAGUUGAAGGUUUCUCCCUCGACGACCGGCAGCUUUCAGGAGUGGAUGGCCAUCAAGUCAGAGCGGCUGAGGCAGCGCCUUAGCAACCGAGUUCUGCCCGUCUUUGAGCUGGAUGAGAAGUGCAUGGCCCGCUGGUCUGGCCCACGCAAGUUUCCGGGGACCAUUCGCAAGCUGCUGGGUAACGACACAUAUGAGGUGCUCUUCGACGAUGGCUACAUAAAAAACGUGCGCGCCGUACAUAUGAACAAGGUGCCCAAGCAGUUACCCGCCAGCGGAUCAGUAGAAAGCGGGGCUCCUAAAGUCCCUACUCCUGUUGGAACUCCAGCAAGUGCGGUUCCUUUAGUCCCCAAGAGGGCAAGCACGGGCAGUGCAAGUGGAGCCAGUGUUGCCUCAAGCAGCAAGAAGAGCAAGAGCACCCCACAGCGAAGGGAUUGGCCGCUGCUGGACAUGGCCAGCCUGGAUAUAGCUUCGCUAGGCCUCCCCGAGAUUCCGCACGAUGGGGAGUGGACCUGCCACUGGGUGAACGACCAGCCCAUUGGAACCGAAGGCUUCCUGAUCGUGGGCGAACACCAGAAGCCCACGGUUAUUGUGCAGGACUGGCGCCUGCCGCCUGGCUGGAUCAAGCACAUGUAUCAGCGCUCCAACGUUCUGGGCAAGUGGGAUGUUAUUCUGGUAUCGCCAAGUGGAAAGCGUUUCCGCUCCAAAUCCGAUCUGAAGUUGUUCCUGGAGUCACAGGACCUGGUCUACAAUCCAGAUGUGUAUGACUUCAGCAUCCAUCGGCGUCGAGCAAAGGAUAUCAAUGCAUAUGUUUAUACACACGACUACAAUCCGCAGCCACCGCCAAAGACCAGGCCGUUGGAUGUCUCAAUGGACUCCACAUUAGACCAAAGCAGCACAACGCAACCCUCGUUGCCUUCAACUCCGAUGCCGGUAAAGGAAAGUCAGUACAUGGAGGCCCCUGUGGCCUCACUGAUGCCACCAGCAGAGCUUAUGUCGCCGCAGGCUCAGACUUCCGAUGAGGCAAAGGCUAAGACAAGCCCAGAACUACUGGAUGCCAUUGAGGGAGGUUCAGCUCAACUUCCGCCAGGAGAUCCUCCUUUGGUGGAGAAUGGCUUUGCUUUCAUUGGCGGUCUUAAGGUUCAAAUUCAUGAUAAUCUAUAUGUUUGCCCUCGCGAAGGUUGCGGGAAGACAUACCGCAAAGAGGACUUUCUGCUUAUUCACAUUCGCCAUUACCACAAGGAAUUUGCCGAGUACGUGAGUCAUUGCCCAAAGAUGCAGGAGCUGGCGGUCAAGCGUACGCAUCCCUCGUCCAUCGAGCAGGGCGAUGCGGUGCCCAAAAACCAAAUUCCCAACCAGCAGUUUUUUGCCAAGUUGCACCAGCAGGAUCUGCAGCAGUCGCGGUCGUUUAAGCGUCAGACGCUUCCAGCCACGGUCACAUCCCCCGCAACUCAAGGAAAUCCUCCUGGCAUAUCACCCACUAAAACACUCUUAUCUCCCAAGAUGGAGCCUCCAGAUGCGGUGACGCCUUCUGUUGAUAUUGCCAUUAAAACAGAGGAUGUUUCCCUGGAAGCUGGAGCUAACAAUUCGAUGAACUCAACACUAAGUCGGUCAUGCAAGCGGGCUCGCUUCUCGCCGACAAAGCGACCAUCUGGCUCAAGGAAGAGCAACCGUCAGCGCUCUCAGCGUCGCAGCAAUAUGAACAACAGCCCAGCUGGACAUUCCUUAAACGAUCAGGACGCUGAGGAGACCAGACAAUCCUUUAACACGCCCACUCCGGAUACUCGUAGCGACUCAAAGAAACGUCGAGUCGGUGCCACAGCUACGCCCAUCAGUUCUAUCGACUCACCAGCCACGGCAGAUUCGGUAUCCACACCGUCGUCAAACGAUCAGGCGGACAUUAAUGCAGCUUUGGCGCCACCGCCAGCGGAAACCGUCAGUAAAGCACCGCAGUACAUCAAGGAGAACGGUGAGCUAAUAAGAAUCGUACGCAUGCGGCAGGAGGAGAUCAUUAACUGUAUCUGCGAGUAUGGUGAGGAGGAUGGUCUGAUGAUCCAGUGCGAGUUGUGUUUGUGCUGGCAGCACGGCGCAUGCAACGGAAUCGUAAAGGAGUCUGACGUUCCGGAUAAGUACGUUUGCUACAUCUGCCGUAAUCCGCAAAGGGGACGGGACUCCAUGCGGUUUAAGCAUGAUCAGGAUUGGCUGUUCGAAGGCAAGUUGCCGGUGGCUGCGUACCAUACACCGAAUCCUCAAAUUACCAAACAAUUCGAGCUCUUGAAACGUUCGCACACACUGACCGGCAAUUUACUGGAAGCCAAGCGAUCAAUGCAUUCGCUUCAAGUCAAAAUCAACAUCGCUCGCAACCGUUGUCAUCCGAAGCUGUAUCUAUGGGCCAAGAAGUGGGACGAGGAUUAUGUGGACGCUUCUGCCGUGACCCCGGUAAAGCGUCCAAAGACGGAGCAACCUGACCUUCCAAACGUUCCGCAACCGGAGGCUGCUAUCGAUCCAGAGGAGUGCCAGUAUCGCCUGAUUGAGCAUGUUAAAGUGCAGCAGGCAUUGGUUAUGAAUCGACUUAACGACAUCGAAGCGGAAAUGGAUGAACUUGAAAAAGAAGACAGCUUGGAGGACUUGAAAGAUGGUGACAUCUCCACCACCAAAGAGGCCCUGGCCACAUUUAUCAAGGAGCUGGAGACCAUGAAGCGCCUUGCCAAGCUCAACCAGGUUGCCAAUCUGAAGCAGAGCCUAAAAGAAUCUGCCGCUAAUCAGUAAACUGUUAUUUUUAGAAGUCGGGAAAGUGUAUCCUUUUCCAUUUUUGCAAAUCGAGAAUUUUAAAUGAAUGAUAUAUAAAAUACAUUGGCUUCAAACCUUA